CUCUACCUCCAUAACACGUCUUCCACCAUUUGCAUCACAUAGUCUCAUUUCCUCGGACCAGGUCAGUUCAAGAUCCUGGGGCGAGGUCCUGCCGCUGCAAUCUCACCAGGGACUGCUGCUGAGGAUCACGCGCGGCGACAAAUGCCACGACGCGGGGGGAUACACACACGGGGCGUUCCGAUGAACUCUGAGCAUGCCCGUUGGAUGCUGGACUCCGCGAGUCAGCAGCGGGGGUCCAACGAAGAGUAUCAGCGUUUGAAGGCCGAGGGAAGCCCUGGGCAACGCCAGUUUGAUGAGGCGAGCGGCGAAGAAGCAGGUGGAAGUAUAUAUCGGCAACGUUCCCCACGGUACCCUGGCGCCAGACCUGGCGAAGUUCCUCCAAGGCAGCGUGUUGCGACUUUCCUCUCCCAGCCCAGCGCUCGCCACCACGUCCAUCUUGCGGUGCGAGGUGAAGCGGAAUGCCAAGGCAACGUUCGCGUUCGUGGUGCUACGCUCGCGGGAGAUUGCCGACGUCCUACAGAGCUACGAAGAUCUUGUGUUUGGUGGAAGGACCCUCAGGAUAAGGCCGUCCAAGGCUCGGUUCCGGAGACCCAUGGGCACCGCGCCCGGGUUCAGGUGCGGGGGGUUGCAGCUGUGCGUGCAGUGGCCUCCCGGCGACCUGACGUGCCUGUGGGCGGUGAAGUCGGGUGUGACAUUUCAGGUGAAAGUGUUUUGUCGUUCUGCGUAG